GGCACCCGUAGGCUGCGACAUCGACUGACGUUUCUGGUGAGGAGGAGUUCCUGUUAAUCCAAACAUCGACGGAGUGCCUCUCACGGCUCUUUAUCGCUAACAAAUCCAUCACAACACAACACUUUGUCCUCGACAUGGCCGCUCAGAAGAUAAACGAAGCGCACGAACACAUAGCGAAGGCGGAAAAAUGCCUAAAGACAAGUCUGACAAAGUGGAAACCUGAUUUUGACAGUGCUGCAUCAGAAUACGCCAAAGCAGCUGUGUGCUUCAAGAAUGCAAAGCAGUACGAGCAAGCAAAGGAUGCUUACCUGAAGGAGGCAGAGUACCACACAGAAAACAAAACGCUUUUCCACGCUGCAAAGGCGAUCGAACAGGCAGGAAUGAUGAUGAAGGAGCAGAAGAAGAUGCCCGAGGCCAUCCAGUUCAUAGAGAAAGCCUGCAUGAUGUACAUGGAGAACGGGACCCCCGACACCGCUGCGAUGGCUCUGGACCGGGCGGGAAAACUGAUAGAACCGCUGAACCUGGAGAAAGCUGUUGAUCUGUACCAGAAGGCAGCGGGCGUGUUUGAGAACGAGGACCGCCUGCGGCAGGCCGUAGAGCUGCUGGGGAAAGCCUCCAGACUCCUGGUCCGGUUAAAAAGGCUGGACGAAGCUGCGGUCGCCCUGCAGAAAGAGAAGAACAUGUACAAAGAGAUCGAGAACUUCCCCAUGUGCUUCAAGAAAACGACCGCCCAGGUGCUGGUUCACCUCCACAGAGGGGACUACGUGGCGGCCGACAAAUGCGUCAGAGAAAGUUACAGCCUGCCCGGGUACAGCGGGAGCGAGGACUGCGUCGCCAUGGAGACGCUGCUGCAGGGCUACGACGAGCAGGACGAGGACCAGGCGUACCGCGUGUGUAACUCGCCUCUGCUGAAGUACAUGGACAACGAUUACGCCAAACUGGCCAUUUCCCUGAAGGUACCGGGCGGAGGAAAGAAGAAGAAGGCAGCUGCGGCUCCACAGGGUGGUGCUGGCGGGGCGCCGGCUGCUGCAAACGAGGAGGACGAUGAGUAUGAAGGCGGGCUGUGUUAGCCUCCACCCGUCAGUGCGCCCCCCCCCCCCCCCCGUCUGAUAGGUACCCCCCCCCUCGUCUGUGACGGCUGCUCGUCUCAUCUUUAAUGUGCAGAAAAUCAACUUAAAUAACCCGACACUUCCAGCUGCAGGAAAUAUCAAUAUUGUUUUUUUAAGUGUAAUCGUUUUAUCUACAUGUAUAAUUAGUUGUUUCUGUGAAGCCGUACAUUCUGCUGGUGUCGUCUGUGGGUAAUUAUUACGGAUAUAUUCAACCAGGAACACCCUACAUGUGUCUGAUGACUCCGUCUUGUGUUCACUUGUACAGAUAAUUUAUUCAGUAUUCACAGCUGGUGAGGAUUUUACUGAAGCCGCCUGCAGUCAUGAUGGAAACGCAUGUUCAAAUAAAAAGGUCUAAAGAAA